AUGUGUCGCCUCCUGAAUAUCUUGCUGGCACUCCUUAGCCGCUUCCUGUUCGCCAUCCAUGGGGUCGUGACGGUGUGGCGAGUGGUGGUUAUUAAAGAGGAGCCCCUAUAUUGGCUGCUGGUUUUGGGUGUGGCUCUGCUGGGAGUGGAAAUGGCCCUCACCCUCAAAUGUACCAGCAAUGCCGAGUGGAAAUGGUUCUCCCCUAUGGUUUUCCUCUACCUCAGUACUGUCAUCCCAUCCAUUUGGUUUCUGGAGCUGAGCCUAUUACAGUCCAAGCUGCCCCUCAACAAUUCCUCCAGCCACGAGCUUCGUUUGCUGGCCCACAUCCCCAUCACAAAGGGCAUUGAGGACCUUGAACCAGAGAACUGGGUAGAAGGACUGGAGCAGACCAUGCUUAUUGUACUGGUUCUGGGUCGUUGGCUGAUGCCCAAAGGGGACAUGUCACGGGAUCAGCUUUCACAGCUCCUCAUGGUUUAUGUUGGACUGGGUGCUGACAUCCUAGACAUCUUUGACACCUUCAAGGAACCUCAAGUUAAAACUAACAGGACGGUCGUCAUCAUUGGGCUUGCCCUCUUCUCUUGGGCGCUUAUGCAGUUUCCUCUGGUUCUCACCCAGACGCAGGCCUCGCAGGGUGAGCUUCCUCAGAGGAGCUGGAAUAACCUCCCCUGCUGUCAUGGAGCUUCCUCCUCACCCCCCUCUUGCUGCUCCAAUGAGAUCUGGAGUUUGUUGCUUACUGUAGGACUACAGGACGCCCCAUUCCUGGUUUAUCGCCUAUACCUCAUGAUAAAAGAGAAGGUGCAGAACCAGCUGAUGAUUUUCUUCACCUGCAAGAACAUACUUAUUGUCCUUUUGGAGCUUUACAGGAUCUUUGUGGUGCAUUUUGAACAGCAGGUACAAGACUCAGUGUUUGACAGGUGUGGGCCUCUGGAGACCUACAGUCAAACCCUUAGGGGUAGUAACACAGAGGAGGCUGAACAAGAGAAUGGUAAACAGAGGCAAAGAGCAGAGCAGAGCUGUCGUAUGGACAUGGAAAUGGGACCAGACGGAGGGGAAGAGCGCAAAGAGUCCAUGUAAAGAAAAGGGUGCAAAAGUCACAGGAGGGUGACUUUGACCUCUUGGGAGGGAAGAGAAACUGUGUUCACUCACCAAGACUAAAGCUGAAUGCAGCUACCAUCUCUUAGAUCUCAGCCUCAUUCUGAGACAGUUUUGCUCUCUGGAGGUUUAGUAACAAGAUAUAAAGCACAAAGGAAGAGUAUGUCCCCACAAAAAAAAAAAGAGAAAAAGCUGUCUUUGAUAAAACCUAAGAAAAACCUUGAACAUUUUGACCUCAGCAC